CACGGCAAGGCUCUGAACAGUUCAUCACGGAUGCACAAACAUCAGAGGAUGAGCAUCAACAGGGAGAUACUCCAGUGGCUGGAAGACUGGCAACCGCCUCCAAGAAGCGCCGAAACACCACGUCCCACGAACAACCAGGACGAGCCAGCGAACAAUCCAAAGCAAGAAUACCAACCUACUACAGUCUUGACGGUAUUCGCGACGGAGGACACAGAACCAGCCCGGCCACAAGCUCAACCACCACCUCAACAGCGGACAAUAACGCUCAGAGACGCCGUUCGGAAGCGACAUCUCUGGUGCGAUGCUAAGCGCACGGUGACUACAGAGAGAAACAAUGUUACUGUACCCAAACCCAAAAGACAGAAGACCUCUACUAGACACUCCUGGAGUAUAUAAUGUUUCCUACUCCUAUGGCAAAGUCUAUAUAGAAGAAACUGUGAGGAUGGUGAGCACAUAUAUGAAUCAAUAUGAAAGCGCAGUCAAACUGAAAAAUAUAACACAGUCAGCACUAGCGGAACACAAUCUAGAAAGCGGACACAAAAUCCUGUUCAACGAAAUAACAAUAUUGGCCAAAACGAACAACUACUUCUUUAGGAAAUACAGGGAAUCCUUGGAAAUUCAAAAGCACCUCAACAAUCUCAACAGGGAUAAUGGACAAAAAAUCAGUCCAAUCUGGCAAUCCGUCCUCCCGGUUUCCAAAACAUGACAGACAAAUUUCCUAUCACCAUCCCUCCUGCUACCCCCCCUCCUUCCUAUCUCCUUUCCCAUGUCCCCCUAUACCAACUACUAUAUAUAUAAGGAAGACCUCUCAGGAGCGACUCGGCAUCGGGUCAUUCCUCCCUGAUAAAGCGGACUGAAAUGUUCGCGAAACGUCGGAAUCAAGCAAAGAUGAAUCCACGCGGCUCAAACCCGGAAACCGAAUCUAAUAUUACAAAGAAAUUGUUGUGUUGAAAAUUUAUUUUAAAGCUGUCUUCUCAAGACGGUAUUUAAAGCUGUCUUCUCAAUAAUGCUCUAGCCAUCGUUUUAAAUAUGCCAUAUUCUAAUGACUCACAUUAACAAAUACAUUCAAAUUUGAGCAAUCUAUUCACGAAUUUAGUUUCCUUGAACUUUUCUCUUACAAAGUACACUAUGCAACAUUAAAUUUUUUAUAACAAACUAUAAGAUUUUUCAAAUUAUUGAACAGUUUGUAAAAAUUGAGUGUUCUGGACUCCAUAUAAAACCGGAUUUCAAUAUAAAAUUGGUUAUUAUUAAGAAAACAUUAAAAUUAAAGUAUCAACUUGUUAAUAUAGUUUAAGAAACGUGCAACGAUGGAUAUAAGAAAUUUAUAUAGAAAAUGAAAAAUAUUUAUUAGUUUAAUAUUUAUAAAUAAUGUAGGAUGUAAUUUACACUCCACGCGCCUAUUGGAGUUUCAAAUUUUGACGCCCACGUUGGAGGGUUAAGGAAUGUUGACCCAAGAAAUCGAUUAAGACUACUCAGGACCACAUCGGUUUAGCCGUAAUAGAGGAACGCUGAAUUCCGUCCCCUUCUAACUAGUUCUUUCGCGAAAGAUAAUCACGGCCGCUCGGUCUUUGCGGUUGCGGUUGCGCACAAACUAGGCUCUCAAAUCACGGCCGUGAUUUUUUAUCACGGCCGCUUAGUCUUUGCGGUUGCGCACUCAAAACUAGGCACUCAAAACACGGCCGUGAUCUUUUAUUUUAACAAUAUUCCAUAUACUUAGUACGCAUCAAUACGAAGUAUUCCCAAAAAAAGUGACCAAUUUAGUAUUAACCAUUACUAAAUAUUGCGCACUCAAUACUAUUUUUCUGUAUUCAUGAAUUAAAAAAAAAAAGUAAAAAAGGAAGUCAAGUGCACGCGCCUUUGUAUCUAUAAAACAAAAAUCGUUAUAAAUAAAUUAUAACAAAAGCUCAGCUAAAAGAUAUUUAAAAAAAUAUUAAAACAAUCUUAUUAAGAUCAAUUGUACUUUCGCGAAUACUCUAUUGAAAAAAUA